ACAUAUUAAAAUCGUUGCUCCAACUAAAGAUAAGUUUCUCUAUUAUAACCGCAAAGGAUACUUUAGUAUCAAUGCCAUGAUUAUAUGUGACAAUAAAAUGAAAAUACGUUAUGUGAAUGCACAGUUUCCUGGCAGCAAUCACGAUUCCCACAUAUGGAAUGACAGCAAUGCUCGAUAUUUUCAUGAGAAAAAGUACCUCGAUGGUGAACGAAACACUUGGCUUUUGGGAGAUGCUGGAUAUGCCUUAGAACCAUGGUUAAUGACACCAUUCCGUACCCCUCCCUCAUCAAGCCCAGAAGAGAAAUAUAAUAAAAUACAUGCAAAAGCGAGAAAUAUCGUUGAAAGAACCGUAGGAGUUUUUAAAAAUCGAUUUAGACGAGCUUCACUACGAGCCAUGGAAGGCAUCUCAAAUCGUUAAUGUUGCGGCAGCGUUACACAACGUUUGCAUUCACUAUCGCGUGAAUGAUGAAAGUUUAGAAAAUAAUUCGGAACCAGAACCAAAUAUUUUUACAGAAAGUAAUGAAAUUGCUUCAUUAACUUAUAAUGAUGCAGCUUCACAAAUCAGAGAAACUAUAUGUGCAACACUUACAC